ACCGGAGCCCAAUAGAUCAGAUAUUAAAAAGGUUCAACAAUUUGACCAACAACAUGAAACUAUCGAACUAUCUGUCCUCAACAGUAACUCUAAAUUUUAAGUCAUGGUCGAUGUCAUUGGUUUCUUUCAGUUCACUUUCAUUGAUAUUCAUCUUCAUAUAUGUUAAGUUCACUUUCAUCACAGAAGAAAAAGCUCACCUACAUCAUUUACCUAAUGAGAUUACUUGUCCCGAUUCAAUCCCAAAUGAACUCAAUAGUUCUCAAAUUAAUGCAACCAGUGGUGGUGGCAUCUUCUUCUUGGAGACCUCAGACAAGACUAGUCCAACCUUUCAAGUAAUGUGUGCUGUUGAGUCAGCAGCUCGAGCCAACCCCAACACAAAAAUAACUAUAAUGAUGAAUGGGUUAACAGCCAACAACCAAUCAAUACCUCGAAAUUUUGGCAUUUCUCUUCUCAGUUGCUUCUCAAAUGUAGAGUUUGUUCCACUUGACUUCAAGAAACUGUUUAUGGAUACGCCUCUGAGCAUGUGGUACUCCAAAGUAGAAAAGCACUGGGAAUCAGUGGACUACCCAACUCUAUCAGAUGCCUGUCGGUUGGCUAUCCUCUGGAAAUGGGGUGGGAUUUACCUGGAUACAGAUUUCAUAAUCCUGAAGAAUUUAGUAAAUAUCACAAAUUCGAUGGGCCUACAAUCAUUGUACACCGUCAAUGGAGCCUUCCUCACCUUCCAACCUCAGCACAAGUUCAUUGAGCUCUGCAUGAGGGACUUUGUAAACACUUACAACUACUGGUUGUAUGGGCAUCAAGGUCCUCAGCUUCUGACUAGGGUAUACAAGAGGUGGUGUGGGAUUCAUAGACUUAGAGACAAGAAGAGCUGUAGGGGAGUGAAUAUUCUUCCCAAGGAAGCCUUCUAUCCAGUUGACUGGCAGGACUGGAAAAAGUACUUUGAGGUGAUUGACCCAAAAGAGAUGAAGAUGUUAUUGAGAAAUAGCUAUGGUGUGCACCUUUGGAAUAAAAAAAGCCAAGGACGUCACCUGGAAAACGGCUCUUUUUUGGAACAUCUUCAGUUGAAGCACUGUCCUACAACUAACAGUUUAAUGAAGAUGUAUCUUUAAGAAGAUGUCAAACUAAUCACAAUGGCCUAUCCUCUGGACAAUCGGGACCCCUGGCGAUCAGCUGUUUGAGAAGGCACAGGUGCUCCUGUGAGUUCCGGUGCCUUCUCUCAGCUUAUCAAGCACAGCGCUGUAUAUUGUAUAGUGGCUGUGCUUGGUAUCGUGCUCAGCCCCAUUCACUUAAAUGGGGCUGAGCUGCGCCUAAGCCACGUGACAUAUGAACGUGUCGUCAUUGGCCUUGGAAAAGCAAAGAGAAGGCCACAGCGCUCACAAAUGUGGUAGUCAAAUGAAUCCCGUUUGACUUGACUACCACAUUUAUGGUCAUUGGUCUAACUCUAAACCAUCAGAGGAUAUUCUUUUUUUUAUGUUUACUGGCUUAGGGUCUUAUGUUUCCUUUGGGGUUCUCAAUGCUGUUUUUGUCCACCUUAUCUAUGGCAUAGACAUUCAUGUAAAAAAUGUCCAAGCAUCCCAAUCAUUUCAUAAUUAGGUGUUAAUAAAUGGCCCUAUGGUGAUAAGCAAGAUGAGUACUCCAAAACUUGGACAAAAUAGAAAAUCUUCAUGUAAUGAUCUCCAUAUUUAUUAUAUUGCGUCAAGGACAGGCAGAGUUGUCCUUCAGACUGUUAUGGAAGCCUUUUGUUACAGCUUUUACUUUCAAUCUUCCUAUACUGUAGAAUCUCACUUUAUGGUGGCUGUAAACUGAUGUGUUUGAAUGUGAAAGAAGAAUAAUAGGAGACUUCUUACAGGAAAUUUUCUCUACCUCUCUGGUAUAUCGCCAUUAUUUUUGUAUUCCUUUAUUAAAAGAACUGUCCCUUUAAUUGUCACAUGUCCUGAUGUAACUAUUUUAAUAUUAUGUCCUUUGGGUUCUUGAAAUGAAUUAACCACCGGCGCUAGUUACACCAAGCAAGCAGCAGUGUCUAUACAGCUCCGUAAUAGCUGCCACAGAAAACUUAACAAAUCACUUGUAUGUAGAUGCAAUUUUUGGUGCUUACAGCAGCCCGUAGCUCAAAGUGGUGACGUCACCGGCUCCCGCUGUGAGCGUGAGUAUUAGCGGAGUUUCGCUACCGGCCGGGGCAAACUCCAAACAGCAUUUUACCUGUAAAACCCUCUGCGCAGAAGAAUCCGUACAGAUAGAGACCUUGGACAAAGCGGUACUUCGAUUUCAUACAUCAGAAACAAGGUAAUCUUGAUGACAAGGCUGAUGUGAAACGGUACCACAUGGUCCCAGUAAGUUGGCAGUUAGGGUUAUCAGUGAUGGGCGCGGUGUCAUUGCAUCUACAUACGAGUCCUUUGGGUUCUUGAUGGCAGUGCUCUCACCAUAAUAUGGGAACAGCUUGGCUUAUACUUCUUAAUAAAAGAUUCCAUUGAAGUAACCAGCUACACACAGAACCCAAACUGAAGUUUCCUUGACUUCUCCUGCUCAGUUCUGGAUUAAGCUACUGCAAAUACAAAUAUUUGUAUGAUGUCUGACGGGUGAAGUCAUGGAAAAAUAGUAACCCAACUACAACCUGAUCUUUCAAUGUCUCCCUGCUGAAUUGUACUUGGAAACAGUUGGGUUAUAUAUACGUACAU